AUGUCUAGUCCAACACCUUCGACUGGCCAGGUCCAGAUCCAAACUUCUGCUCAGAAGUCUCCGGCUGCUAUCAAUGUCGCAAACUAUUUGUUCCAGAACCCAAUUUUGAAGCAAAGAGUUGGAUUAUUGGACAACAAAAAUGAUCUAGAGUUUUUCAGAUACAAGCGAUUCGAAAGGGCACUUUUGAGUGAUGAUUAUAAAACCAAGCAACAGAACCCAAGGAAUGGACUACCACCAAUUUCAAAUGUGGAGGAAGUUCAAAAGGUAUUUGUGUUGUUGAUUCAGAAUCAAAUGAUAAUACCAAUAAAGAAAUUACAUUUUUCUGAAGUUAAAGCCAUUAAAGGAUGGAAACCAAACCGUGAGAAACCAACAUUGAAGAGAUCAGAAAAGGCUGUGGUUGAUCCUAACUUCUAUUACGGAUGGUUAUAUACUAAACCUAACCCAUACAUUUUAUUGUACAGUAUUUUAGCAGUUGUUGGUAUCUUUACCAUCAUAUUGUUCCCCUUGUGGCCAAACUUUAUGAGAAGAGGAGUAUGGUACUUAUCAAUGGCGGCUUUGGGUUUGAUUGGGUUGCUAUUUGCCACUGCGAUUGUAAGAUUUAUCAUAUACGUUAUUUCAUUAGUAGCGUUUCCUAAACCAUUCUGGUUGUUUCCGAACUUGUUUGAAGAUUGUGGAUUUUUUGAGAGCUUUGUACCACUAUAUGGAUGGGAAGAGCCUAAGAAGAAGAAGUCAAAGAAGUCAAAGAAAUCAAAAACAACGGCAGUUGAUGACAAUAAUGAAGGUAAUGAAAAAGUGGAGCCUAUUUUAACAAGUGCUGAGAAGAAUGCUACUGGUGUUAAGGCAACUGAAAAUGGGUCGAAUGGUGCUAAAAAGAGCAAGAGAAAGGUUACUUUAGAGGAAGUGGCUGAUGAGUAA